UUUUUUCUCUCCCUGUGUAAACACUAGAAUUCGCCAAUCGCCAUGUCUGUUUCUGUUCAAUUGAGGAAUACCUCAUCUCUGUUGUGUUGUUUAUUUGAUUAAAAUAAUCAUAAGAAUUUGAUAAUCAAUCGUCUAAACCGAAGUGUUCGCCUGGUACUUGAACUAGUUGAAUUCGACUUGUCGAUAUGUACUUUAUUAUAAUCUGAUGUCCGCAAUCACUCAUUCUAUAUCAGCUACCGACGGCAGCAAAGUGGUGCUUCAAAAGCGAAGAACUGGUUCUAUAGCAUCAGAUGAAGAGGAGCAAAGUAAAUUCUCAAGAAUGGAAGAUGACAAUUUGCAAGAUAAAGAACGGUUUGCCAGUAGGGAGAAUCAUUGCGAAAUAGAGAGAAGGCGCCGCAACAAGAUGACUGCCUACAUUACGGAGCUGUCGGAUAUGGUGCCUACGUGCAGUGCCUUGGCUCGAAAACCCGAUAAAUUAACCAUACUCCGGAUGGCAGUUGCUCAUAUGAAAGCUCUCAGAGGCACAGGAAAUACAAAUAACGAUGGAUCUUAUAAGCCGUCAUUUUUGACAGAUCAAGAGUUGAAGCAUUUAAUUUUAGAAGCUGCGGACGGAUUUUUAUUCGUGGUAACUUGCGAUUCCGGACGCAUAAUAUACGUAUCCGAUUCCAUUGGUCCAGUUCUAAAUCAUACUCAGAACGACUGGUUCGGUUCGAUUAUUUUCGAUCAUUUACAUCCCGAGGAUAUAGAAAAAGUAAGGGAACAGCUUUCUACCCAAGAACCUCAAAACACUGGUAGAAUAUUGGAUCUGAAAACUGGCACAGUGAAAAAAGAAGGACACCAAUCUUCGAUGCGUUUCUGUAUGGGAUCUCGAAGAGGAUUCAUCUGUCGAAUGAAAAUUGGCAAUCUGAGCCCCGAUUCGAUGGCAGCUGGCCAUUUGAAUCGCUCGAGACAACGAAACAGUCUGGGACCUUCGCGAGAUGGACAAAAUUUCGCAGUUGUUCAUUGUACCGGUUACAUUAAAAGCUGGCCUCCCUCUGGUCAGUUUGAUAACCCUUUAACGGGUGUACAAAUGGAAAGGAUCAUGGAAGAAGAUUCCGCGCAUUGUUGUCUGAUUGCUAUCGGACGUUUACAAGUUACUUCUACGCCAAAUAUUUCUGAUCUCUCAGGUUCAAAUAGUAAUUCAGAAUUUAUAUCGAGACAUUCGAUGGAUGGAAAGUUCACCUUUGUUGAUCAAAGAGUUUUACAACUAUUGGGCUACUCACCUUCCGAACUAUUGGGCAAAUCGUGUUUCGAUUUCUUUCAUCCGGAGGAUCAACCUCAUAUGAAAGAAAGUUUCGAAGAAGUAUUGAAAAUGAAAGGACAGGUGGUCUCGGUCUUGUACCGGUUUCGUGCCAAAAAUCGCGAAUGGGUUUGUUUGAGAACGAGCGCAUUCGCUUUUCUUAAUCCAUACACCGAAGAUAUCGAAUACAUCGUUUGUACAAAUAUCGUAACCACCAAUAGGGGUAUGCAUUCCACAACAGACAACAGCGAAAGCGUCAGUCAAGUUGCUUACCAAAGCCAACAGCCUGGUAUUGAUUACAGUAUCCCUAGUGGAACCAGGAGAGACGUCUAUUCGUCGCAUUUAAUUAGUCCGGCACCUCAACAUAUGAUUGCGAGCAAUCAACGGCCUAACAGCACUCACAACGUGUAUAAUUACGAUCCUAAUCCGUCUCCAAUUAGUUAUAAUUCACCGAGUCAUCAACCACAACAACAACAGCAACCUCCUAGUAACAUAAAUAGAAUCAAUAAAACUAGUCCAGCGCCCGCUCAACCAGCUUGGACCUUGCGGCAGCAACAGCCAGUAACCGAAGGUUAUCAAUACAAUCAGCUCAGUCCAUCUCGGUCACCAAACGGGCCAACUUAUACCCAGUUGAAUGCUGGCAUUAGGCAAAAUCCCGCAGCCGCCUAUCACAGCGGUGGCGCUCCGGCUAAUCCUGGUUUAUGGGGUUGGCAAGGUCAGACGACAGAAUCGGCUGGUAACGCAAACAGCCCUGCCAGUCAUCCUGUGACCGUUUCAACGAAUCCCAGUGGACCUCCCCCUCAUGAGCUUUCUGACAUGAUGGUUAUGCAAAUGUUGGAUGAAAAUGCGUCCACAUCAUUCGACGCAUUAAAUAUGUUCAGCGCUAAUUUCGAAUGAUCGACUCGUAUAUAUUUGAGCGAUGCUCGUAUAUGAUGCGUUAAUUUGUAUAAAUAUUUGUAAUAUUUUAUAUUUGUAAGUAUUCGCGGCGUAGAUCGCAUAAGAUAUAAAAUUAUUAUUUUCUUUUUUAUUUCCCCUUUUUUUGUUUUCCCUUUUUAUCUAAAAUACAUAGUUUCUUAAUUUCAA